GCGGGCUGGGGGCGGCGCUCCGGAGCCUCCGCAAGCGGCCGCCGGCGCCGGGGCCCGGUAGAGGCUGCGCGAGCCCCCCCGGGGCCGGGCACCAUGAGCGGCCGCGUCGGGGACCUGAGCCCGCGGCAGGCGGAGGCGCUGGCGCAGUUCCGGGAGAACCUGCAGGAUGUGCUGCCCUCGCUGCCCGCACAGGAUGACUAUUUCCUCCUCAAAUGGCUCCGAGCACGCUCCUUCGACGUGCCCAAGGCUGAGGCGAUGCUCCGCAAGCACCUUGAGUUCCGCAAGCACAUGGACGCCGACAACAUCGUGUCGUGGGAGGCCCCCGAGGUGAUCCGCAGGUACAUGUCGGGUGGGAUGUGCGGCUACGACCGGGAGGGCAGCCCCAUCUGGUACGACAUCAUCGGGCCGCUGGACGCGCGGGGGCUGCUGCUCUCUGCCUCCAAGCAGGACCUGCUCAAGAACAAGUUCCGUGACUGCGAGCUGCUGCGGCGCGAGUGCGAGGAGCAGAGCAGGAAGCUGGGCAGGAAGGUCGAGACGGUGCUGAUGGUGUACGACUGCGAGGGCCUGGGCUUGAAGCACCUCUGGAAGCCAGCGGUGGACACCUACGGGGAGCUCCUGUCCAUGUUCGAGGAGAAUUACCCCGAGUCCCUCAAGCGCCUGUUCAUUGUGAAGGCCCCCAAGAUCUUCCCCGUCGCCUACAACCUGGUCAAGCACUUCCUGAGCGAGGACACCCGCAGGAAGGUCGUGGUGCUGGGAUCCAACUGGAAGGAGGUCCUGCAGAAGCACAUUGACCCCGAGCAGAUCCCGGUGGAGUACGGGGGCACCCUCACGGACCCCGAUGGGGACCCCAAGUGCUCGAGCAAGAUCAACUACGGGGGGGACGUGCCGCAGCAGUACUACGUGCGGGACCAGCUGGCGCAGCAGUACGAGCACAGCGUGGUGGUGAACCGCGGCUCGUCCCACCAGGUCGAGUACGAGAUCCUCUUCCCGGGCUGCGUCCUCAGGUGGCAGUUCCGGACAGAGGGCGCUGACGUGGGGUUCGGGGUGUACCUGAAGACCAAGGCUGGGGAGCGGCAGCGCGCGGGCGCCAUGACCGAGGUGUACCCCAACCAGCGCUACAACUCCCACCUGGUGCCCGAGGACGGGUCCCUGACCUGCUCCACCCCCGGCAUCUACGUGCUGCGCUUCGACAACACCUACAGCUACCUCCAUGCCAAGCGGGUGAGCUACAGCGUGGAGGUGCUGCUGCCGGACGCCGCCGCCGCGCAGCAGAUCCAGCGCCUCGGGGACCGGCCCAGCGCGGAGAGCCUCAACCACAGCCCCUAGCGCUGCACACCCCGUCCCGGCUGCCGGAGCCCCCAGGACGGCCGCAGCCGCGCCAGGAUGGAGAUGGGGCUGAGGCCCCAGAGCGCACGGAC